GCCCGCGCCAGCAGAGGUGAGGGCGCGAAGGUCUUCGAGAAGCACGUUUCUCGCUUGCCUCAGCUCUCACCUACCAUGGCCUCUCCCGUCCAGCAGUCUCCUCAGCCUAGCGGCGGGAAGCGCAAAGGCAAGGCUCAGUACGUGCAGGCCAAACGGGCUCGACGCUGUGAUGGCGGCGGGCCCCGGCAGCUGGAGCCCGGGCUACAGGGCAUUCUCAUCACCUGUAACAUGAACGAGCGCAAGUGCGUGGAGGAGGCCUACAGCCUGCUCAACGAAUACGGCGACGACAUGUAUGGUCCAGAAAAGUUUGCAGACAAGGAUCAGCAACCAUCUGGAAGUGAGGGAGAAGAUGAUGAUGUGGAGGCCGCCUUGAAGAAAGAAGUUGGUGACAUUAAGGCAUCUACAGAGAUGAGGCUGAGAAGAUUCCAGUCAGUGGAGAGUGGAGCAAAUAAUGUAGUCUUCAUCAGGACACUUGGGAUAGAACCUGAGAAAUUGGUGCAUCAUAUUCUCCAAGAUAUAUACAAAACCAAGAAGAAGAAGACUCGGGUUAUUCUACGAAUGUUACCCAUCUCAGGCACAUGCAAGGCUUUCUUAGAAGACAUGAAAAAAUAUGCAGAAACAUUUUUGGAACCCUGGUUUAAAGCUCCAAACAAAGGGACAUUUCAGAUUGUAUAUAAAUCUCGAAAUAACAGUCACAUGAAUAGAGAAGAAGUUAUCAAAGAAUUGGCAGGAAUAGUAGGCAGCCUCAAUUCGGAAAAUAAAGUAGAUCUUACCAAUCCACAAUACACAGUGGUAGUAGAAAUCAUUAAAGCUGUCUGUUGCCUGAGUGUUGUGAAAGAUUACACAUUGUUCAGAAAAUACAAUCUCCAGGAGGUGGUGAAGAGUGCCAAGGACUCGUCACAGCUUAACCCAAAGCAGGCAGCGCUAACAGGAAAUGGGAAAGAAGCUAAAUUGGAAUCUGGUGACAAAUCAAAUCAAAAUGACCCAGCAGAAGGAAAAAAUAACCAGCAGGUGGUACCAGAGGAUAGUGAGGAGCUGGGUCAGACAGAACCAAUAUCUGAGACACAUGAGGUGAGUGAGGGGGCCGCUAAACCUGAACUUGCAAGUCAAGUCACAGAAGGAUCUGAGACACAUGUGGUGAGUGAGGGGGCCGCUAAACCUGAACUUGCAAGUCAAGUCACAGAAGGAUCUGAGACACAUGUGGUGAGUGAGGGGGCCGCUAAACCUGAACUUGCAAGUCAAGUCACAGAAGGAUCUGAGUCACAUGAAAAUGACCUCUCAUAGGAAAAAAAAUCGUUUGGUGUUGGAGGUGGAUUUCUCAACUGCGGUUCUGUGGGAUGUUGCUGGGAUUCUAUAUAAAAUUGUUACUAAAAAUAUUGUUUUUGAGUUUGUGUGCUGCAUAAUGCUGUACUCACAAUAAUUGAGCAUCCCCGUUAAUAGUUUUGUUAGAGAUCUUUCAGCCCUAUAUGGCAGUGUGCAUUUGGUUGAGCUAGAAGAGGCUAUGGAUAAAUUGGUGAACGCUACUGCACAGAGCGGAGGGUGGUGGGAGGGUGAUGUUGGCCUCUCCCUCUUGAUUACCUUCCCCACUCCCCCGCUUCUGCACUGUCAGCUGACUUACGGGAGUGAGCAAGCUCUGUGAAAUCGAAACUCAGAGGGAAAUUUUCAUUCUAAGGAAGGAAUUUUUGCAUUUUGCAACUCAGCUGUCCCCUGCCACCCUGUUGUAAACAUUGCAAAAACAUGGGCCAUAUAGGUUAGAAGUGUAUUGUUUUGUGAAGUUUUUGUACUUUUUGUGAUUUUCUUGUUUAGUUUUUAUGCCCCGCCCGCCUUUUUCUUUGGCCGCUCCGCGACGCAUGUGGGAUCCUAGUUCGCCAACCAGGGAUCGCACCCGCGCUCCCUGCAGUGGAAGCUAUGCCCAUUUUUAUGUUUUCAUAACAUUUGUUACAACCAAAUCUGACGGUGCAGUGCUGCAGUUUUUGGAGGCAAGGUGUGAGAUAGAAGUGUUCAUUCUAGGAAUACAAUUAGAGAUAUUUCUGAUGAGGUUAGUUAUGAAGAAUUAGUCUUCUGAGUUAUUACAGUAUACUAGUGCAGCAAGGCACGCAAAUUCUUUACAAUGUAAGCUACUUUACAAUGUAAAUGGACUUAUUAUUCAAGCUGUUCCAUUCCAUAUCCUUUGUGAAAUGCAACUUACAAACCGAACAUUUGCUUCAGCAGUUGUAACUAUAAAUCAUAGCUCCUUGACAAAUAAAGAUGAUUAUUUUAAUGGCUUUGGAAUAUCAAGACAGUAAAGCUUUUGUUCAAAAAAUCACAUUCAGUGAAAAGGUUUAGGAAGCAAAUUAUGUAGUAGCAGAACUUUUUCCAGGAAAGAAAAAUUCACAUAGUUGGUAAGAAUCUAACAGUACCAACAUUAAAAUGCUAGGUCAAGGAGCAGUACAAGAAAUUAAAAAGAUUUUUCUCUCAAUGUAAUAAAUUGACUUAUGUCACAUGAUGCUAAAGAGGUUUUGUUUAAAAGCAGCAGCAGUUGCUGAUGAAUCAACAGAUUUCAUGAAUAUUUGUCAUGCUGUAGCAUUUGUAAGAUUUGUAAAUGAUGAGGAAAUUCAAGGAAACUUUUGCCUGCUAGGAGCCUCCCAAAACAAUGGUCAGUAUAAAUUUAGUAGGUCUUCAUAUCUGAAAAACAAUAGUCUGUCAUCUGUACUCCUGGUGCCCCAUCAGUGGCUGGCUCCAUGACAAGUUUUGCCUCAUUUUAAUAAAAGAAAAUCCUGACGUUGAUGUUAUAGCACACUGCUUUCUUCACAGAGAAGUGCUGAUAUUAAAAACUUGGAGAUGAAAUGAAGAAAGUUUUAAAUAAUGCUACAAAAAUGGUUAACUUAAUUAAAGAUCCAUUUUAUGCAAGAAUGUUUAAAAAAAAAAAAACUGAAACCUGAACAAAGAGCACAUAAAUCUCCUGCAUACAGAAAUCCAGUACUUAUCAGAGGAAGAGUUCUCCACAGGAUAUUUGAGUUGAAAGGUGAAUUACCAGUAAAUUAUAAGUACAAUAAAAUACUAGGCUAGAUUUUGCUAAAUGCUUUGAAGACGAAGAAUGGCUACAGAAACUAGUCUAUUUAGGAGACAUUUUUUCAUUGCAAGAACAAAUGAACAGUUUUCCGCAAGGGCCUGGAGGAAAAUGUUUUUUCUUAAAAGUGACAGGAGUCUUAGAUUAAAAGAAACUGACUCUUUGGAAUAAUUACAUUGCAUAAGGCACUCUUGAAAUGUUUCCACAGCCACUUGGAUUUGAGAAUGAAGAAAGCAACAAGUCUCAGGCCUUAUUUAAACUGCUCUUGCAGAACUGCAAAACCAAAUUAAAUAACAUUUCCCCUCCUUUUCCCAACACUGGUGUGUGACUGGGUGAGGAACCCUUUCGCAAAAUCUCAGCCUGGGAUUUUUUCACUGAGAGAAGAGGAAGAACUCAGAGUCCUCUUCUGACAGUUCUGGAUUUCUGUGAAACAAGAGUGUCUUUCAACUUAGUGCUCACACUCAUAUACAUUGAAGAUCCCCUUAAUUUGAAAGUUUUUUCAAGGGUUCCGCCAGGGUAAAACUGAAAAAAGAUGGAAGAGACAGACACCAAAGAGGGCUGCAAAAUUAAAUGUCCGGAUUGAGAAUACUAAGGGGUCGUGAAAUUAGCUUUUGGAGUUGGAUUUUAUUAAGUUUUAACAAGUUCGGAAGUAUUGUAAGUGUUAAGUCUUCCUGCACCAAUGGCUAUGUUUGUUUAUUGGCUAGUGAACAUGGAAAUAUAUUUUUAUCCUCCUGGCUAGUGGUCCUGCCGGUAAAACGAAGGAUUUGGGAGGAGCAAAGAGAAUAGAAAGGGCCUUGCUGGUGCAGAUGAGGCUGGAACUUCCUUAUAUAUCUUUAGAUAUUUAGAAUGUUAACUCUUAACAAGUUGAAGUUAUCUUGAAAGGAUGAUAGGAGCAUUGUAACUAUCAUUGGGGGAACACGGAUGAUAGGAUUUUGGUGCCUUCAUCAGACUUUUUCCAAGACAAAGAUAACUUUUAUUUUGAUAGUACAAGACUCUGGGAAUAAAAUUGGCUGUAUGCUUACAGAAUGUACGUACAACCCUCUGGAACUGGGUUCCUUUUAUUUUUUGAAAGCUGCUACUCUACAGAAAGAUUUUGAUUUAGUAGUUUGUUUUUAAUCCUCUUUUGUAUUUAUUUUUACCAGUAUUUGGUAAGACCUUAGUGUGACAAAAGCUAUUCUUCCCCAAAUGUAAGGUAGUACUGUGUUCUGUUGGAAUCUGAAUUCAGUCAUUGAAAGAUUUAUUUUCAGGUUUACCAACUGUUUAUUUUCACUGACAUCUGAGCAUGUUAUUCUAUAAAUGACGAGAUUCCAGGGUGGGAAUUGAGUGCUUUUUGUCCUUUUAAUUUUUAUUUUAAAAAAUUAUGUCAGUUAAACUCCACUUAAGUGUUGUGGUUUAGUAAAACUUGUUUCGCUCUGUGGAGGAAAGAGUGUUAAAUUUGAUAUUUUAAAACAUGUUUCCCUUUAGUUAAACAUGGUUUCUAAAUGUUAUUUUUACUUGUAUUUUGCUUUUGGUAUGGCCAGAUAUUCAGCUUGUUUUUAAUAGUUUCUGAUGUUUUCAGAAAAAUCAAAAUAAAUUUGUUCCCUAAAGA